ACCCGAGCUUCAGGCUUGACUCAAUAUUCACAUUCACAUGCAUUAUUCGAGAGGUUUCGUUUCGAGUGGCGUCGUCGUCUUUCACAGAGUAUUUUGUAAAUAAACAGAGAAAAAGUUAUUGAUGCGAUGCUUGGGUAAGCUUAAAGUUUUAAAUUUACUCAGUGAGGUUCUUUGAUUAUUCUCCUCGAUCUGUCCUAUCAGUCCACUAGAAGAAAUUCAGUUUUCAUGUUGUUAAAUGUUGUAGACUUGUCAAUUUGUCAGUGGCACUCACCUUUCGCCUUCUUUUAAUAGGUGUUUUUAAAGAACGAUUGAAUAUCCUGUCUGUUUUUAUUUCAAUUGCUCUUUACACGUCUAGUUGUUGUUGUGUUGUACUCAUUUUUACUCGUUUGUUCUAUGCCAAUUUUUUCUCAAAAACGUAACCUUAACAGUUCUGUCAAUACAGAGCCACCAUUUGUUUAGCCAUUGUAUUUUUUCUCUUAUUCUUAUGUUCUAUGUAAGAUCUCUGUAAUAAAAAAAUGAUUUCGAAUGAACUUAAAAGUUGCAGAUAUUUUGUUAACCUCAAGCAAUUAUUUUUAAACAAAGCUAAGAAAUAUUUUGCAAAAGAAGAAUCUGUCUGAAAAUGAGUAGCCAUCAUCAUAUGGGCAGAACUGCCCCCAAUGGUGAAAUAGAGCAUACUACAUUUCUCUCAGAGCAUAUAGGGGCCUUAUACUUAAAUGAUGAGUACAGUGAUGUGGUUGUGUCUGUUGAUGGACAUCGGUUUCAUGGCCACAAAGUAAUCUUAGCUGCUAGAAGUGAUUAUUUCAGAGCUUUAUUAUUUGGCGGCCUUCGUGAAUCAAAGCAGGAUGAAAUUGAACUUAAAGGAACAAAUCUUCCUGCAUUUAAGGCCCUAUGGAAAUAUAUCUAUACAGGGCAUAUGUCCCUUGCUCAUCAAAAGGAGGAAGUUAUAUUAGAGACUUUGGGGCUUGCUCAUCAAUAUGGCUUUGUAGAUCUUGAAGCAAGUAUAUCUGAUUAUUUAAGACAAGUACUCCAAAUUCUCAAUGUAUGCAUGAUUUAUGAUGCGGCAAGAUUGUACCAGUUACCAGGUUUGACAAAAGUCUGUUGUUCAUUCAUGGAUAAAAAUGCCCAAGAAAUUAUUCAUCAUGAAUCAUUUUUGCAACUCUCGCCUACGGGUCUCAAGGAUCUAAUUCAGAGAGAUUCGUUCUAUGCUCCAGAAGUUGAAAUAUUUUGUGCAGUUGUCGACUGGGUCCGAAAUAAUCAGUCAGAGAGUAUAGACAAUUCAUCUGUUUAUAGCAGCCAAGAUGGCUCUGAUGAUAGUAUAGAAAACAUUGUAUUAUCAGAAGCUGCUUCUGCUGUUUUAAGUGCAGUUCGUCUGCCUCUCAUGAGUCUGUUAGAAUUACUUACUGUUGUGAGGCCUACAAACUUGAUUCCUGCAGACACAAUUCUUGAUGCAAUAGCUUCUCGGAAUCAAGGCCGAGAUACUGAGUUGCGCUAUCGAGGUUGCCUCAUGCCGGAAGAAAACAUGGCCCAUCCAAGUCAUGGAACACAGGUUCUCCAAGGUGGCAUGAGAUCCGCUUUGCUUGAUGGUGACAGUAAAAACUAUGAUAUGGAAAGAGGUUAUACUAGACAUGCUAUAAAUGAAGAAGGGGAUGAAGGAAUUUUGAUUAAGCUGGGCACAGAAGCUAUUUUAAAUCACUUCAAAAUGUUGUUGUGGGAUAAGGAUGUCAGAUCAUAUCAGUAUUAUAUUGAAGUGUCAAUGGAUCAGAAAGAUUGGGUUAGAGUUAUUGAUCACACUCGAUAUUUCUGUCGCUCUUGGCAAUUUUUGUACUUUGAACCAAGGGUAAUUCGUUACAUUCGAAUUGUUGGUACUAACAAUACUGUCAACAAAGUAUUUCAUGUUGUGUCAUUUGAAGCCAUGUACACAAACACCCAAUUCACUCUUGAAAAGGGUCUCAUAGUUCCUAAACACAAUGUUGCAACAGUUGAAAAGAGCGCAUCAGUUAUAGAGGGUGUCAGCCGCAGUCGAAAUACAUUACUCAAUGGUGAUACAAGCAAUUAUGAUUGGGAUUCAGGAUAUACCUGCCAUCAGCUAGGCAGUGGCUCAAUUCUUGUUCAACUAGGUCAACCAUACAUGUUGGAUUCUAUGAGGCUGCUGCUUUGGGACUGUGAUGAUCGAUCAUAUGGCUUCUAUGUGGAGGUGGCUGUCAACCCUUGGGAAUGGGAAGUUGUUGUAGACAAGAGCAGGGAAAGUUGUAGGUCAUGGGUGACUUUACACUUUGAACGCCGCCCUGUUGUUUUCAUCAGAAUUGUUGGGACACACAACACUGCUAAUGAGGUAUUUCACUGUGUCCACUUUGAGACCCCUGCACAGACUGAUGACAGCAGACAACAGCAUACAGAAUCUUCAGGGAUAAAAUAUGUAAAUCUCAGAGGUGGGACAAAUCGAAGCAGAGAAAUUCAACCUCCAUCCUCAGUUCCUCCAGAAACAGCAAGUGAGGCUGGAGAGACACAAAACCAGGAUAGGAAAUCUUCUAAUUCCGGAAAUGGAGCAGGAACUGUUACCCAAACCCUCAGGGCUUCAACUGCAAGAGCUGCUGAUUUUGCUGGCCUGGGUGCAGUUGGUGGGGUUGGUGCUGGAGUUGCCCUAGGAGCAGAGGCCUUCGACGUAUUAGAUGAUGGUGGUGCCCCAGCUCGGCCAAAACGAUUAAAUCAGAAUCCUGAUAACCCUGAUCGAGGGGGCUCAUCAGGUGGGGCAGGCAAUGUUCUUUAAAAAGUGACCGGCUCUUUCUGUCUAAUCAAGCAUAUGAGUGUUAAUACCCGUCUGUGAUUGUGAAGCAAGCCCAUUUUCCAGGAGAGUGGUUCUGUGAUUGUUUCUAUUUUUGUUUAAGGUGACCUUUUGUGAUAUACAUUCAUCUUCAUGCCAACAUGUAAUUAAUUUCUUUUUACCAUACAUUCAUUUCUUAUAGGAAGCAUAAGGUUUACAAUAACAGUUGAAGAUACUACUGAGUCCGUCAUUGCCUUAUGUAUUCAUAUUCAGUUCAAGGUUUACCUAUUACUGAUUGUUUAUGCGGUAUGAUUAUGUCUCUAAUUCUCAACUUUUUGUCCUUUGAAACAGUGGGUAUGGUUGGGUCUGAAAUAUUUUCUAUCUUUAAUUUGACUGUCUAGGACUGGAAAAGUUAAAAAAUCAAUCAUGAAAAAUGUUUAAGUUUCAUUUUAUAAUGACUUUAUCACUUUAUCACUUGGCAUGUGGAGGGCACAGUAACUAUCGAUCUGUUUAGUUAAAUUUUCUAUCUGUUAGUUUUGAUAAUCCUUGCUGUGGAAAAAAGUCAUUAUUGUUAAUUAAUUUUGUAAUACAGCUGUUAAGAAUUUAUCACUGCUUCACCUGUUUAAAAUCUAUUAUAAUUAUGUAGGUUAUGGAGAUUGUUCACCCUGUUUUUACUGAUCUGACAUCAAUACUCCUGGUGACUAUGUUUUCUAUCUUUUAGCCCAAUUGCAAUAAUGUUGGAGACGUAGUAAAAAUUUUUUCUUAAAACACUGCAUAUAUUUACAGUUGACUUUUGUUUUGUAUGUUUGUCUUUAGUAUAGCUAUAUAAUUAUAACCAGUGUGUCAGUAUUCGUAACCCUGUACAAAUCAAAAGCUAAUUUAGUACAAACAUUGCUCCAUUUUUGUAUUCGUAUAAUAUAUAGGUUUUGUGCCUGUUGUUAAUUUUUAAAUUAUAUUUAUUGUCAUGGCAGACUUACUUUAAUGAAAAACUGUAGUAAAAUCCUGCAUAAUGUAACAUUUAAUCAAAAGAGGUGCCUUUCCCUUACUUGAUGUUGUAUAUGUUUACCGAAUACGGUAAAUUCUAUGGCCCUGUUCUGCCGGAAUGCAGGAAGGAAUAAAUUUAUCGUUUUUUUUUUUUUUUUCAUAUUUUAAGAUACAUGCCUAAAGUGUGCUUUUGUUCUUUCAAGGGCUCAAAACAAUUAUAACAUAUUUUUAAAAGCUUUUAUGUAUAGGCAUUAACCUAGUAGUAACUUUAUUUGUUCCUGUUGAUGGGAGGGGGUUGAAUGAAUAUGGUUGAAUGUACAGGUGGUGUUGUUAGGAUUAUAGGUAGUAACUUGUAUAGUUUUGGUUUCUAUUAACCAGUUAAUAAAGUAUUGCCAUUGCCAAUCA